UAUAUAUAUAUAUAUAUAUUUGGUAGGUCUUUGGUAGGUAUGAGCUGUGAGAUGCGUGUAACUACAUACACCCCUAACCCCAAUGAAACUAAUUAGGCCCGUGACUGAAUGGAAGUCACAAUAGCAUGGCAGUAGAUUUGUGUCAUUACUGGCAUCCAGUGGGGAAUUGUUGCUAUGUUUAUUUGGCCAACAGGUCUCUUCCUGGAAAGCCUUGUCAGCUACUGUACCUGGCAACAAUCUCAUAACUCAGUCAGGUGUGUAAAGACUGAAUUCACCUGUCCUGAUGAUCUUUAGUUUUAUAACACAAUGUUCGAUUGUGGUGAUUUGUAUUUUGUUGUUGUUGUUGUUUUGUUUUUUUGUGGUGUAACUAUUUAAUUUGUUGUGACCUUAGUUGACUUGUGCCUGCAGCCCUGCACCUCCCUACAUCCACAUGCUCCAGCACACCAGCAUGUAAAGACAUCAUUAUCACUUAAUGAGAGAAGUUUAAUCAGGCACAGUUUUCACACCUCAUUACAAUAAAAGGAGCACCAUUAUAUUAAUCAGUACAUUUACAAUAGAUAAAAAAUAUGCAUGAAAUAAUUUAAAAGAAUGCUUAGGAUCUGUAUGAAUUUUCUUUCAUCAAAUGUGGAUAUAUAUUCACAUUCAUGUCAAAGUCAUGACAGACUCUCGAUGAAGUCUUUUUUCAGAACAUUUCUUUCGCAGCCAAAGCAUCCCGCUGCUCCUUCGUAUCUUCAGAAUGAAGAUGUGGGAAAAUGGCAGGGAAUUUCUCACUCCUCCUUACUUGAUAUUAAUGGCUGACACAGGCUGUUAAUGCCAGCAGCAUAGCAAGCACUGCCAUGGUUACCUGUGUGGAAACCAAGUCAUUAGGGACUUUGACUCCUCCCAUCCCUCAUCUCUCUCUCCCUGGCAUCAUAAACAUGUUUACUGACCCUAAUACUGCUAAGGAAUGAGUAAAAUGACAACGUAUUUAUUCUACAAAAAUGAAAACAAGGCCUGGGAUUCCUUUGUGAAAAUCAUGUGAACCAAAGGUUUUUUUCUGUAAUAUACAGUCAUGCCACAAACUUAGCACUAGCUUGUCAUACCGCCAUAAAUUAUUAUGCAGGAUAUCAGAUUGUUUGAAUAUUGUAAUGUACUUGCACAAAUUAAUGUCAUUUCAGUGCACUGACAGCGUAACUCCGAACAUUCAUAUUCAUCUAAUAGUUACACACUGGCUGCCAUGAUUUUGUGGUCCAUCAGGGACUGAUGGUGCAACGAGGGGAGGAGGAAGACAGAGCCACAGAGGAUUUGGUCUUUGAAUACACCCUGAACAGUGAGUUAGCAUCAUCUCAAAGAGACACAUGCACGUACAAUGUGGCCGUUAAAUAUAGGGCUGAGAUUCUGAUCUGUGAAAAAUGAAUUGGAUGCUCUCCAUCUGGGUGGCCGUGGCUCUGCUGGCUCUCUGUAGGGGACAAAAUACUGUGUAUGAAGGAAAUAGUCUGUCUCCAUCUGGCUACCAUCUCUGUAUUCGUAAUGAGACAAGGACUGUGAGUUCUCUGGUGGUGCAUAAGGUCCCCUAUACUGUGACAAAGCCUUGUGGUGGCUGGCUCCUCUGGAAGACAUGUACCGUCACACUUUAUAAGAUGAUCCACCAGACUGAGUACAAGACAGUGAUGGAGCAGGUUACCAAGUGUUGCGAUGGCUAUGUACAAGUCGGUCGUUACUGUGCCCUGCCUGUAAACAGGAGUGGGGAGUUCAUUGCCAAGCCAGGAUCCUGUCCAACUGCAGAUGGAUUGUAUCCCAGAUCUCAGGACUGUGAGUGGGACAUGGACUGCCCAGGCUGGCAAAAAUGUUGCCAGAUAUUGGGCCGCUCUCUCUGCAGUCAUCCUGCAAGCUCAGCUAAUUAUUCUGAGAAUGGAGGAUACCGUUGGAAUGCAACAGUGACAGUGAAGACAGAUUACCAGCAGCUGAUGUCUAUGGAUAAAGGUCUUCUGAAUCACACACGAUUACUACAAGCGAUGGUGACUGGAGCUUUGGAAUCUGAUGAUGUUUCAGUCUGUUACCUCAGCUCAUGGCCUGUGCAUCCAUACAGAACUGCUACUUCUUUGCUGAUCAACUUCAACUAUACUCUUUCACUGUACAAUGUCACAUUUAAGCUGCAUCUUCUUCUCAAACACAUACAGGAAGUGUCAUCUGUGACAGUUGAAGACAUAAAUGAAUGUUCAGAGUCCUCUCUCCGCAAGUGCUCCCUUCAGGCACACUGUGACAACACAGAGGGCUCCUACCAGUGUACCUGCCACCAAGGAUAUAUUGAUGUUGAUCCUAGCAACCCUGGAGCCCACUGUACAGCUGACGUCACGGUGUGGACCACUACUGAGACCCCGUCAACCUACCUGCCACCCAUGAACACCACCUUCAACCCAGCUUCCUACCCCACCCAGGACCCUCCAGACAGCAUCACCACUGGUAUCGUCAACUCCUCUGAGACCAGCAUGAUUACAGCUCUGAGUAAUACAAGCUCUGUCCCUUAUAAUUCAUCACAUGCUCAGCAGUGGACAAGUUCUGCACCUUAUACCAGCAUGAGCUCAACUGUGGAGUUUCCUCUGACAACUACAUGCUCUCCUCCCAGCAUCACUACCUUAGCCUCGUCUAACGUCACUGGAACCUCCUUCUGUGUGUACUGGUCAAGCCAGUCUCAGACAAACCAGAUCUACCGGGUUGUUGUAAGCAAUAGGUCGAGGGUCAUUCAUUCUUUGGAAACCAGUCAGACCAUGAUGGAGGUGAGGGACCUGAUCCCUGGGGUGCUCUAUAACGUUACUGUAACACCUUGUGCCUGCGGAAGCGAAGGAUCCCCGCUUCGCAUAUCAGUGAAGACAGAUGCUCAGACUCUUGGCGCCACAGCUCGAAUCACCAACAUCCAGUUCACUGCUGACCUGCACAACACCAGCAGCCAGGCCUACAGAAACCUCAGUGCGAAUAUUAUCAAGGAGAUCUACCAGUCUCUGUCUCCAGAGAUGAAGGCCAUGGUGGAUUUGGGCCAGGUGAGAAUCGAGAUCACAGGCUUUUCAGUGGGCAGUGUGGUGGUCAACUUUGUGAUCAUCUUCCCCCCUGGUCAAAGCCAAGACAUCAGUAAUAUGUCCAUGGCUCUUCUAAGCUCCCUGAAGAACAGCUCCUUGUACACUGUGGAUGGAAACAGUACAAGCAUAGAUGAUUUUAAUGAAUGUACAUCAGGGGAAAAUGACUGCUCCCCUUGGGCUAUAUGUACAAACACCUGGGGCUCUUACACAUGUGCUUGCUUGGAUGGAUUUAUAGACAACAACCCAGGAAAGCCUGGACGAGCCUGUCAAGCAGUUGCUACCUCUGAGACACCGUCACCAACACCCACAAUAUUUUCUACAAUUAGCACCACCCCUUUCUCUCCAAUGACAGCCACAACCAGUGAUCCAGUUUUUACCACUGCAACCACCAUUCCUGCAAUGACAACUACCACUACUGCCCCAACAACAGCCACUGCUGCCCCAGCAAUGACUACUGCCCCAAUAUCUGCCACUUCUCCGGCACCUACCACUUCUGCCCUGAUAACUAUCACUUCUACUACUACAACUACUGCUCCAACAACAACGACUACUGCCCCAACGACUACCACCACUACCCCAACAACCACCACCACUACCCCAACGACCACCACUACUACCCCAACAACCACCACCACUACCCCAACAACCACCACCACCAUUACCCCAACAACCACCACCACCACAACAACCACCACCACCACAACCACCACUACUACCCCAACAGCCACCACUACUACCCCAACGACUGCCAUUACUGACCCUGCAGUUAGCACUACAGACUCUACAACAGCAAUGAUUGCCCCAGCAACUAGCACCACCAGCCCUGCAACCACAACUGCAGUGACUUCUGUGACUUCCACCCCUACAACCACUAUUACCAACCCCACUACAACCGUUCCAGCUCCUACAACCAAUGCUACUGCCCACAGGUCUGUCCCCAGUGUCUCUAUGUUAGGGGCCAUCUCAGUCCAGUGCAGGCUUGCUGCCACCACUGUGACAGUUGCCAGGGAUUUUCUUCUAAACAACAAAAUCAAUGAAAGCGCCCUAUACUUGGGCUUGCGGGAUUGUGGAGUCAAUGGAGGCAAUGCCACCCAUACCCAGCUGACUGUGGGCUGGAAUGAGUGUGACACUAGGCUUAUGCAAAAUGACACCUACUACACGACAUCUGUAACCCUGUUCAGCACCAUGGAACCAUACACCUCACCUAGUGGAACAGUGGAGGUGCCCAGAAUACAGCUUGAGGUCCCCAUCAUGUGUACCUACAUGAAGAGUAUGCUUAUCUCUGCUGACUUCAGCUCCAUGGGGUAUAACAUGAUCAAAGAUGUCAUCAUGGGCUUGGGGUCAUUCCAGGUGACAGUGCAGCUGAUGAACGGUACAGUGCCUUUACCCCACAACUACAGCUUGUCCUCUAAUGAGGUCGUGGUGGUGGAGGUCAGCCUGAACCCUUCCUCUGAGCAGAUUAAUGUGGUCAUCAACAAGUGCUGGGCUACUCCUACCCCAAACCCUGCAGAUACCCCCACCUACACCUUCCUGGAGAACAGCUGUUCCCUGAACCCGUACACCAAAGUGUUGAUGAAUGGCAACUCCAGCACGUCUCGAGUGUCUGUGCAGAUAUUUUCCUUUGUCAACCAGAAUGUGGUUUACCUACACUGCCAGGUCCACAUCUGUGUGAACAUUGGAUCAGAUAGCUGUGUGCCUGACUGUCUGCAAAGAACAGCUCGAUCUUUAAACACAAUUGGAACAGGUUUCGGUACUUCAGGACCUCUAUUUAGAUCAGAUGAAGAGUCCUUGGACGAAGAAUUUAACACUCUUCAUAUAGUUGGCCUCUCCUGUCUUGGAAUCGGACUGUCACUCUUCUUCAUCAUUGGUUUUGUCUGCCUUUUCUACUACCAAAGGAACCGCAUUGGACACUACAACUUCAGUGUCAAACCCAAACAGGAGAACUUCACCUACCUUGUCUUCAACACCUAGAGGUGCAGCAGCACCCACAACUAAAGUCACAGAAUUGGGAAAGUGCAACAGGAAAUAAAUUUAGCAAGCAAUUACAGUACAGUUGCCACUAGGUGUCACUGUUGCACUAUUUACAUUUACAUUCGUUCUCACUAAAUAUUGCAAGUUUUUGCACAUGAAACAAUCAAUGAAGUACAAAUUAUAUUUACACCCCCCCCCUCCCCAAAUGUAUUUGAGAUAUUAAAAUGAUAGUAGUAGCUGCAUACUGCAAUAUCAAAUAUAGAGACUACAAAUAUUUUAGGAAUACAUUGUAAUUAAAUAACAUACCAUUAUAUGUAUGAGUUGUAACAUAUUUUGAGAGUCACAUGUUUUCAUUAUGAAUGUUUUAAAUACAUUUUGCCUGUAGAUGUGAGUAAAACAUUUCACAAUAAGAGCAAGAGAUGUGAUAAUGGAAGGGAAAAUUACAUUCACAAAAUUGAUAACAGGCACAGAGAUCAUUUCACUACAUUUGUAAUGAGUUUGCACUACAAUAGUUUGUACUGUGUAUUUAUGUAUAGAUAAUGAUGUUCAUGUAGGCCAGUAUCCUUAAAAUAUGCCAUUUACAGAAAUGUUCGUACACAGUUCUCACAUGUUCUUUUAGCUGCUAUUUUUCUACAGUUAUACUUGUAGUGUUCUAUUUGUUAUACAUCUGAAAUAUUUAUUCUGUUCUUACUUGUGCAAACUCUGAAUUUGUGCUGUAAGUGGUGUGACAAUAAACAUGUUGUGUAUGAAUGCAGACA